AUGGCGCUCGUAUCCUACUCCCCUGCCACCUUCGACAAGCUCCCUGACCUUGGUCUCGCCGGCGAGGUGUUUGACCAGAAGAACGGGUACGACCUUGUUUCGAGUUUCCGCGAGCUUUUCCUCGAACAUGGCAUGGAGAAGCAUCUUGAGGCGGUCAACUGGGUCCUCGCGGAGGACGGCCUAUUCCGACCGUUCGAGUUCCACUACUCGCCCAUGAAGGAUGCCAAUGAGGAGUCCAUCUCACCCGAGAACCCGAAGGUCCUGGCCUUUGUCGAAGCCUUGGCAUCGCGUCUUCGCGAGACUGACACUGUCGGCCUUUUCGGCUUGUGCGUAUACCCUGGUGAUGACUUCGAAGGGCGCGUGGAAAUCACCGAGGCACGAGCCAAUAUCAACCUUCACCCGAGCGAUACGGUGAAGGCCCCAACGGACAUGGUAGGACGCGAAGCUGCAUGGUUCUUCUCUCCCCAGUUGUGGGAAAAUAACAAAUGCGCUUGCAUUUGCGGGGGCAACGGCCACACAAGUGCGACGCACAGAGGCCACGUCGAUACCAGGUAG